CGGGCGAGGAGCUGGCCCGGCGCUGGCCGCCGCUCUCAUCCUGCUUUCCCCGCCUCGGAGGAGAUGGAGGCGGCGGCGCAGCGGCUCCGGCUGCACCUGGUCACCUGGAACGUGGGCACCGCGCAGCCCCCCGGGGAGGUGGCCGCCCUGCUUCGCCUCGGCGCCCCGGAGCCGCCCGUGGACCUCUACGCCAUCGGCUUACAGGAGGUGAACUCGCGGAUCCUGAGCUUCCUCUCCGACCUGGCUUUCGAGGACCCCUGGACGGCCGCGCUGACGGCCGCGCUCGCCCCGCUGGGCUACGUCCGGGUGUCUUCCAUCCGCAUGCAGGGCAUCGUCCUCAUCCUCUUCGCCAAGCAAGCCCACCUGCCCUUCAUCCGGAGUGUGCGGAGCCAGUUUACCCGCACCGGCCUGCACGGCUACUGGGGCAACAAGGGAGGGGUCUCCAUCCGCCUGUCUCUCUACGGCCGCUCGGUCUGUUUCCUGAACUGCCACCUGCCAGCUCACCAGGAGAACGCCAAGCAGCGCUUGGAUGACUUUGAACACAUCCUGGAGAUGCAGCACUUCGAAGAGAAGAAGUUCCCUUCCGCCCUGGACCACGAGCUCCUCUUCUGGUUUGGUGAUCUGAACUUCCGGAUCGAGGGCUACGGGCUGCACUUUAUCCGAGAAUCGAUCAGCAGCAGCCGCUUCAACCUUCUCUGGGAGAAGGACCAGUUAAACAUGGCCAGGAAGAAGACGUUCUUCCUCCAGGAGUUCUCGGAGGGCCCCCUGAAGUUUAAACCCACCUACAAGUUUGACCUGCACUCGGAUGAGUACGACACCAGGUAACUGCCCUCGCGGAGAUCUGCGGGAGGCUUCGGACUAAGUGAGAAGAGACGAAAGCCUGCUUGGACUGACCGGAUCCUCUGGAGAGUGAAAUGCCUCCCUUCGUGCUCCAAGGCGAAGGAGGCUCCAGGGGAGGGAGGGGUUUCCCUCUCCCUGGGCAGCUACACCAGCCACAUGGACUACAACAUCAGCGAUCACAAGCCGGUCACCGGCACCUUUGAGCUGAAGAUGCAGCCCCUGCAGACGGAGCCCCUGGUUGUGCUGCGCCCGGUGGGCACCUGGAGGGCUGAGCAGGAUGCCACGGUCAGCUACGUCACCGCUCCAGAAUUCGCCAGCAGUGCCUGGGACUGGAUUGGGCUCUACAGGGUGUCCUUCCGACAUGCGAACGACUAUGUCACGUACGUUUGGGUGCAGGAUAAUGAGAUUUCCUCCGAGGACGGGGCCAAGCAGGUUUACCUCGGGGCUGAGGGCCUCCCCAAAGCGGGGGGAGAAUUCCUCCUGGGCUACUACAGCAACACGCUGCGGUCCCUCGUGGGCCUUAGCCAGCCGGUCCAGGUUCGGCCGAGCCCGAAGUCAGAUGAGCAGCAGGCGGACUGGGCUGGGACCAGCAGCGCAGAACGCCUUCCUGGCGAGAGGCCGCCCUGUGACUUCUGAGGUCCUCCUCCUUCGGCACCUCUCCAUGCGCAUCGUGAGGCGCCUUGGCCUCCGGAGCAGCCUGGCUCGGCUUGCCGUGCCUCCCUUUCGCGCGGAAGAGCCUGGACGGAGCCGGUUUUCCCAGCAGGGUCUCCUUAUGCCCCGGCCGACGUCUGCUGCCCCGUUUUCCUAGCGACCCUUAGGAUCUGUGUGCUUCACUGCGACGUUAUGAGGAGCCUCUGCUGGCACUUGUUUGAACACUGGGAUUGUAGGAUUUUAUGAAAUGUAAUCCUUUUAGAACUGAAAUACAUUUUAUCAUAGCUGGAAAGAAAACGCAAAGGCUGCUCUUCCUUUGAGCAUUUGCCUUGAAAUGGGGCAAAGACUUGCAAGCCCCCCCCCCCUCCAAAGCCUGGAUGACAGAG